AUGAGGAAGGCCACCCAUGCCGAAGUCUGCGACGGGGUUGUGCAAGCUUGGAAAGCAGUAAAAGUUUCGUCCAUCAAAAACGGUUUUGGAAAAGCAGGAAUUACACGUGGCACCGACAAUGAUGCAUCUCAAACAUCCGACAUCAGUGACGACGAAACAAGUGGAAGAGUGAAGCAAGUUCAGCCAUUUGAAGGGUUUGCUCCAAUUGAUCUUGGUGGAGAGUUUAUCCAUGGAUCUAACACUGUGGUGAACAAGAUUGCUUGUGACAAUGGCUGGGUUGUUCUGCCAGCUUCUCAAUGUGAAGCUGGGGAAGAAGGAGAAAAAUUAUUCUACAAAGGAAAACUCUAUUCGACGAACAGUAAUCAACGGGAAAUCAGACUUGCUCGAGAAGCGUGGGCCGAAUUGAUCAACAGCAAAUACAGAAAUCAAGAAAAGGAAACGGAAUAUUUGUCUGAUUCUGUGAAGGUGAGACUUGAAGAGAAAGGCUUGUCACGUGACGUGUUGGAUGUAAUUGAUUGGUGGAAGAUGAAGAUAUCUGCAGGAUCCUUGGAUCACUAUGGAGUGCGGGAAGGGCGGAGGAGAAUGGAGUCCAAAUAUGAGUGGGGAAUUGAAGAUUGCAGACUCGCGGAAUCUUACUCACAGCUGGUGAAGUACUACUUGGCUAACAGUAUGGAUGUGGAUAAGCGUCUUAACUGGCAGGUUAAGGAAGUUGUUUGGAAAGGAGACAGGGUGAGAUCCAACAACAGUGGACGAAUUCUUCUGAAAAAUCAACAUGGCCAGGAGAUGACCGCCAAGCACGUGAUCAUUACCGUACCACUAACAGUCCUCAAAGAUGGCGACAUAACCUUCACUCCAGCACUUCCCGCUGACAAGAACAAGGCCAUACGCACGAUACAGAUGCUGGGCGCGUGGAAAAUCGCUUGUCGUUUCAAACGCCGCUUCUGGCCGGAGAAGCUGCAUCAAAUUUACAGCGUUCGUGGGUUCGCUAGUGAGAUAUGGACUUGCUCACAUGAUUGUCCCGACAGUGACGAAAAAUGUCACGUGGUUGUCGGGUUUGAAACUGCCGAGCCCGCGGAAGAGAAACGGUAUCUCAGCGGACAGGAAGUGUUGAGAGGAUUUUUGGGUCAUCUGGAUGAGAUAUUUGGGUAUCCUGUAUCCUGA